AGAGUGAAAAUUUGUAGUGGUAGCAGCGAAUCUCUGCACGCACAACGGCCUCUUUUUCUGCCUUUCAUCGCCACCAACACAUUCUCUGUCUCCCGAACUCAAUCGCCAUCGUCGUCGUCAUCAACUCAUCAUCCUUAUCAUGGAGAUCCCUCAGAUUCUCUUCAAAUUCAAAUACCACUUCAUCGCAGGUCUGCUCUUAGCCCUCACUGUCUCCUCCUUCGCCGUCCUCGCUCCCAGAUUCCUCACCGUCUUGGCUUACUUCUGGCCGCUCUUCCUCUCCACCGCUCUCUUCCUCGCUCUCGUCCUCGUCUUCGGCAGGACCUCCUCAGCGGCCGCCGCAGGCGGAAACAGCAACAACAACAUCGCCGGGGAGGUCUUCCUCGAUUACGUCGCCGGCCACCACGAGCUGCAGUUGGAAUCUCAAGCCAGCAGGUCCGAUUAGAGCGCCAGAUCGAGCAAUCAAUCACACACAGGAGGUAGCAGUUAGCGUCGUAGUAAGGUUAGCUGCAGUUUGGAGAUUAAAUUUAGUGUUUUACUCUGAAAAAUAGGAAAUCAAUGUAGCUUGUAACAUCUUGAACUUUAUAAUUAUUUUUGUAAUUUAUUUUUCUUUUUGUUCUCUUUGAUUUAUGCC